AUGGUUCAACUUUCGCUUCGCUGGCUGCGACUAGCGGCUGGUAAUUUACUACUGGUCCUCUCUGUCCUGGUCUUCGCGAAGGCGUUCUUCCCGUAUAAACCCUUCCUGCAGGGACUCGCGCAACAUGCCGACUAUCACGAUGGUGAAGAUACACCUGCGCCGGCGCAGUUCGAGAAGAUAGUAUUUAUGCUGGUGGAUGCGCUGAGGAGUGAUUUCGUGUUUGGAGAACAUUCGGGGUUUGAGUACACUCAAAGGUGGGGACAUUCUUCCGCACCAUUGCUGAAUCCAGAUUAA